AUGUUUACGCAGGCAUAUCGGUUAACGUGGGCACGGCACUGGCUGUCAGGAUUCCAAGGAGAAAUGCAGCCAGCUAGGAGGCCAAGCCAACCACCAGAACGUAAUCUACAACUACGUCUAUUAGUGUCAAUUGAUACAGUUACCAGUUGUUCCUCGCUUCAUUGUCUAACAGUGACGUUGUUCAUGGACACGCACUUGGUUUGGCAUAAGUUCAACAAGCCUGUGAUUGUCAUGAUCGGUUGGCAUUUAUUUAAUCCAUCCUUGAUCUGCAAUAUAUUGAGAUAUCCAGAUUUCGUGACAAGAUAUGCUAGUCAAUUGGCGUCUCCAAAGCUGAUAUUUCUAGUGUUGCUCUACCACGAGAUGUCGAUCUCCCUGGCUGCGUCUAUGGUCAAGCUGUCCUAUUAG